CCGGUCGCCGCCUCUCACUUCCGGUCGCCUUGGAUUCCGCUGCGGUCGGUUCCUGCGUCCACUGCUGCCGGUUCCGCCGCGCUCCAGGUAUCUUUUUCUGAACAAAAGCUGCCUCAUCGUAUGUUUCAAGGAUGGCUCUUCCUAUCAUUGUAAAAUGGGGUGGACAGGAAUAUUCAGUGACCACACUUUCAGAAGAUGAUACUGUGCUAGAUCUCAAACAGUUUCUCAAGACCCUUACGGGAGUGCUACCAGAACGCCAGAAGUUACUUGGACUCAAAGUUAAAGGCAAACCUGCAGAAAAUGAUGUUAAGCUUGGAGCUCUCAAACUGAAACCAAAUACUAAAAUCAUGAUGAUGGGAACUCGUGAGGAGAGCUUGGAAGAUGUCUUAGGUCCACCUCCUGACAAUGAUGAUGUUAUUAACGACUUUGAUAUUGAAGAUGAAGUAGUUGAAGUAGAAAAUAGGGAGGAAAACCUACUGAAAAUUUCCCGCAGAGUAAAAGAGUACAAAGUGGAAAUUUUGAAUCCUCCCAGGGAAGGGAAAAAACUUUUGGUACUAGAUGUUGAUUAUACGUUAUUUGACCAUAGGUCUUGUGCAGAGACUGGGGUAGAAUUGAUGCGGCCAUAUCUUCAUGAAUUCCUAACAUCUGCAUAUGAGGAUUAUGACAUUGUUAUUUGGUCUGCAACAAAUAUGAAGUGGAUUGAAGCUAAAAUGAAAGAGCUGGGAGUGAGUACAAAUGCAAAUUACAAGAUUACCUUCAUGUUGGACAGUGCUGCUAUGAUAACAGUGCAUACUCCAAGGAGAGGAUUAAUAGAUGUAAAGCCUCUUGGUGUUAUAUGGGGAAAGUUUUCGGAGUUUUACAGCAAAAAAAACACCAUCAUGUUUGAUGACAUAGGAAGAAAUUUUCUAAUGAACCCACAGAAUGGACUAAAGAUAAGACCUUUUAUGAAAGCACACCUAAAUCGAGAUAAAGACAAAGAACUUUUAAAAUUAACCCAGUACCUCAAGGAAAUAGCAAAGUUAGAUGACUUUUUGGACCUAAAUCACAAAUAUUGGGAAAGGUAUCUCUCAAAGAAGCAAGGACAGUAGUUACAAGCUAUACUGGCAGUUAUUGAAGAUACUUGAGAUCCAGGAACUUCUUUUUGCUUUUAUGCUAAAGAUCAUUAUGAUAGUGCUGGACACUGCAGCAAAUAUCAGACUGCUUAUACUUGGUCUUCCAGUUUUUUGUAAAUUUAAUUUUAUAUUUUUUGAAGAUCAUAGCAAUACGCCAAAAAAAAGCCCCCAAAAACACCUUUUUCCCCCUGUAUGAAUAUAAUGUAACUCUUGAAAAAUAUUUUCUCCAGCAUAGAGUACUGAGUUUUAUUCCCCCCCACACACAAAAAGUGGACAAAAAUGUAUGCUUAACAAUGUCAUUUUGUGACUUUGGAAAUAAGUAUGUCUUGUGUUUUUGUGUCACUGUGUUGUUGUCUAAGCCCAAACCCACCUUGAAACUACUGUUUUUAAAACCAAAAAAAAAAAGUUUUUAGUAAGGAACCUAGUUUAGUAUGCUUAAAACCACCGAGAGUUUUUCUUAUUCCUUUGUCAUAAACACGAUUUCUCUUGUUAGUCCACUACUUACAUCUCUAAAUUCUGAGCUGUCUCAGUUUGGUGUGUAUGUGUGUCAGUGUUCUUUGAGUAAAACUGGAAAACGUCUCCUCUGAUACAGAUAUGUCAUAGUGUGACAAAUAGAAAACAUGAGACUGAGGAAUGAAACUAAGAAACAAGAGUGUGUUUCUUUGUGGUGGCCAAGUAGAAGCACUCCUGCCUAAAACCGUUGUCCUAAAAGCAGUUAAAGGCAGUACAUUUUAAAAUGGGACGUAUCACUGGUUCAGUCCUAAAAAGCAUGAACAAAAAGUUUUUGUUCUGUUCCAGCUCUGUCUUCUCUAAGUGCAAACACUGUGUUGCAGUGAAAAUAUCUAGCCAUAAGAUUAAAAAAAGAAAUUUAUUUGCAUUGCUCAUGCCUGCAGAUAUGUAAUGUGACCACUGUUUUGUGUUGACAGUAUUGCUUUAUACAGUUCUUCUAUUUGAAAGGAAUCUGAUUCUUUCAAAUAAACAUGGUAUGUAUUGUUCUUACGGGGGACUAUUUCAGUGGUGUAAAUAAUAAAUUCCUUUUCUUAAAA